UCAGAAUCCCGAAUCUCUUCGACUGAGUAACAGAGUUACUUUAAUAGCAUUCAAAAUGAAUUUCGCCAAGAUUUUCUUCUUUAUAUUCGCCUGCAUAGUUUUGACUACAGUUUCCGGCGCUCCGAGUCCUAAAUGGAAGCUCUUCAAGAGAAUUGAAAAAAUCGGCCGAAACGUUCGGAAUGGUCUCAUCAAGGCGGGCCCUGCGAUCCAAGUCGUCGGCCAAGCCACCGCCAUCGCCAAGGGAUCUUUUAUGUUUAGGAAUCAUUCGUUAAACGACAAUAAGCAACUGACGUCUCUUUUGAAACUAAAAAUGAAUUUUGCAAAGAUAUUUGUUUUCUUAUUCGUUUGUAUCGUGGCGGUAAUGACUGUUAACGCCGAUCCAGCACCAAGAUGGAAACCGUUUAAAAAACUGGAAAAAAUAGGACAGCGAGUAAGGGAUGGUAUCAUCAAAGCGGGGCCAGCAGUCGGAGUCAUAGGUCAAGCCAGCACAAUAAUUAAAGGCUAAAAUUGAUGACGUAAGGCGUAAAGCGAACCACCAAUGUUAUUUUAAAUUAUAAGAAUUAAAUUAUUAUCAUGGCAGA